UGAAAAAGUAUUAAAAAUUUAUGAUAAAAAUUCAAUUUUUUUGGACUCUUGACACUCGGCCAGACCCACAACGGGCAGCCGGGUGGUGAGGGAUAGGAUCCGACAUUGUUGUAGAAAUUAUCCAAAUCAUCUUAUAGUAGUAAACUAGUUAACAAAUACGUCCACCUCCGGAUUACGACGCUCAGGAGGCCACCGAAUUCGAUCAUAUUAUCGUACCUGAGAGAAGUACUUGUCUCUCAAUCUCAAUAUUGUGAUUCUUGGUAAUAUGUUAACGUUGUGAUUAAGUAAAGGUAUUAAACUUCCGUUUGAUGUACUUCCUUUAAUGCUUUCCUGGUUCACUUUUCAAGAUGAACGACUCGAUAGAGGUAUUAAACUGGAAUCAAGGCACAGAUUUUAUUAAUGUUAAUCUAUUUAUAAAUGACUCGGUUAUAAAAAACGACAGUUCUGUCAUUAACGUAACAACUGUUCCGCUUUUCGAAACGUAUCCAAAGGAGUUACUGUACUUCGCAGCAGCUGCUUGUAUUGUGUUCGUCUUUAUUGGAGUGCCAGGAAACUUCGUGACCAUCGUAGCCUUACUUAAAAGUCCUCGAUUGAGAAAUGUCACCUCGGCAUUUAUCAUCAAUUUGUGCGUGGCAGAUGGACUAUUUUGUAUUUUUAGUCUUCCUCUCGCAGCGUCCAUGUUCAUACACAAGACGUGGAUCUACAGCGACUUUCUUUGUAUGAUUUUCCCUCUAUUUCGUUCCUCAAAUGCUGCUGUUUCUCUCUUCACCAUUAUUGCCAUUACAAUCAACAGAUACGUCAUCAUCGUCCAUCCCAAAAGCUACACGAAGAUCUAUACUAAGAUGAACAUUUCUGUUAUCAUCGCGUUUAUAUGGUUGGUAUCCUUUGCAUUGAUGACACCCACUGCUCUUGGAAUUUGGGGAAAAUACGCUUUUAAUCCCGAAGUGGGGACGUGUACGGUGGUGAAAGUUAACGGAAAAUCGUCGAAAACUUUUAUUCACAUCUUGGCAUUUGUUAUUCCAUGUUUCAUUUUUGUGUUUUGUUACUCCAGGAUAUUCUGGAUCGUCAGAAAAUCGAAAAGAAAAUUAAAAAUCGGGCAUGAAUUAAAGAAAGAAGAGAAGAGUGUGAACCUUAAAUUAAAAUGUUGUGGAAAGAAAGCGGAAAAAUCGGAAAGAGAAAAAAAGCAAAAGCAAUCUAAAGAUUUAAAAGUGUUAAAAGUGAUUCUGGUGAUAUUUUUAGCAUUCGUGUUCUGUUAUACUCCCAUUAUUUUUGUGAAAAUCUUUAAAAAGGAGAAGAGCCUCCCCGCAUUGAACAUCUUAGGCUAUCUUGGAGGUUAUAGCACCGCUUGCAUCAAUCCUAUUAUUUACGUCAUUACGAGCAGAGAAUACAGAAGAGCUUAUAAAGAAUUAUUCGUCUGUAAUAAAACAGUUCACAGCGUUACAGAGACACGCAAUACAAGUUUAUAAAUCAGCCUACAUUUUUAAAUGUUCUUUAAUAUUUUUAAUGAAAAAAUUAUUUUAUUUAAUUUGAAA